CUUUUAGUGCUCUUGAAAUAUUCUGAUAAUUCUGAAAUAUUGAAAUAAUUCUUUCUUAUUUCUCAACGCGGCUUCAACUUUUCAACCAGAAUCUAUACCAUACCUUGAUAUUUUUGCAGUGAUUUAUAAAUCAGUAGCUAAUCAUCAGAUAAGUAUCAGAAUAUUAUUCUUACAUUGUCAGUGCGCAUGUUUCGCUUACAAUCAGUGUGAAUUUAAGCCGGAGAUAAUCGUAAGGAAACAAAUUCAGGCAGUUAGCGACAUGCGAAAUUGGUGAAGGAAAAGAGGGUUUCCAGAAAUGGCAAGGAGGACGAAAUCGGGCUGCAGUGGAGCUCAGUGACACUGAGGUGAGGAAAGCGUCACGAUCAGAAAAAGUUAGGGGAGCUUCAUCACGACACAACGGAUCAGUCAACCAUGUGGACCGUUUCUGUGAUCUUCCUCGCGCUGGGUUUCGUUGCUUCGACUCGCGGUCAUCCAGCAUCAGAGUCAAUCGCUCGUCUUCCAGAAACGCUCUCCGAUACCGGCGAGGGGACACCACAAACUCUCCCCGACGCGGAUGUAUUUCGCAACGACCCGCUAACCGUGGAAAUCGGACACUCAGCAAUAUCCGGAAACAAAUCCGUCGAGUCGGAAGCUAAACAGCAUGAAGCCGGAUCACGAACCAAGCCCCGAGAAGCCGGAGAAGCAUUGAGGCAGACGGGCGUGUCUGAGAUCGGAGGGCUGAAAGGAACCCUGGGGUUCCUAGUGGAACCCGAAAAAAUCCAAGCGGAACCAGAGAGGGAGAGUUUGAAACCGGAUUUUGAAUUGUGGACGGAGCAAACUAGUUGGAACCCUGACAGAGGGGCAGCAACUGAUUCGAUGACGUCUGCGGUUGGUCUGGUUGAGCAAGAAGACACCCGCUCGGAGCUGGAACCGAACAGCGAUCUGAAGAUGCGUAUGGACGCUAGCCCGGUUCAACAAGUCGGAUUUACAAUCGAGCGACAAAGGGUUGAGCUGAAGCCCGGAAAAACUCCAACUGCAACGGAGCAGGAGGGAGUCAGUCAGGAACCUGAGGCAGGAAAUCGUCUGGAACCGCGAGCAGCGCGGACCGCCAUCGUACAAGUCCAUAUUCCCGUGCCCAACCUGAGCCCCGUGAUACAACGCGUACAUCAGGCUAGUAAUAACCUGCAGCGAGACGCCCUAAACGGAAUCACCAACGUAGCUACACACAAACCCGUGAUAAACGGGCAUGUUCACGGGGGAAAUGCCUUCUGGUUGCUCCAUAGAGGGAAGAGAUGGAUUAAAAGGCUCUUAACUGGUAAGAAAGAUCUCCGGCCGUACGACUAUAAUAAAUUGGGGGUUGCGCCACCGAAAGAAACUCCAUCGUUGGGAGCUUGGUACCUUCAACAGGCCCGGCUGCAGAAGCAGCAACCUCCGCCUCAGCAGCAGCAGCAGCAUCUUCCGCCUCAGCAGCAGUGGCAGUGGGGGUGGCCGCCGCCGACGAUGCCUCAACCGGCGCCUCCUCAUGGCGUUUUUCGAGGCAAACGGUUUCGUCUUACUCUUCCAGCUCCAGUACAAGGGGUCCUCAAAACUGCCAAAGCUGCUCUUGAGAUCAUUUAAUGAAAUCUGGCAAUAUCAUCUUGAACUUGGAGGGAGUGCAGCGUAACAGGUGGAGAGUAUAGAAGCGGCGGCCACUUAAGCGGAAAUCUGAAUUUAACUCUCUCCGAGAUCUGUCUUAAUACAACCUACUAAACUAAUUUUAAACUUGAAUAAUAAAGUAAUAUCUUCCUUCAUUAAGGAGCAUUUACUUGAAGAUAACCCUUUAGGCCCAUUGGAAGUUUAAAGCACAUCUAUUCUCUGAAAACUAUACCUUGUAACAUUUGAUUUGUUCUUUUAAUCUGCAAUUACAGAUGUCUCAAAUGUACCUCAGCCCUUCGGGGGCCAUGUGGCAAAAGUAUGUUCAA